AUGAAGUGCUUAUUUUUCUUACUAUUUUACAUUGUAAUCACAACAAAUGCAUUGUCGACUGCAACCACAAUUGAAUCUCCGAUGGAAUCUCCAAUACCUGACACAUCUGACAAGGUUUGUUGGUUAGGUUCGUGGAGUGUGUAUAUCUACGAUGCAAUAAAGGAUCCUAUCACUGUUCACAUACAGUCAAAAGAAGAUGAUCUAGGAAACCGUACGGUGGCAUUUAACGAUUAUACAAACUGGAAGUUCUGCUUGAGCUCCGGUGGAAGGACUCGAUUCUAUGCCCAUUUCUAUUGGAAUUCGAGAACUGCUUUCUUUGAUGUUUAUGAUAAUGAUAUGGCUUUCACAUAUUGCACUGAUAAUAACACCUUCAAACAGCAAAAAUGUUUUUGGUUAGUUAGAGAUGAUGGGUUCUAUAUAUCGCGACACUAUAAUCCGUUUCCAGGAGGAUGGACCAAGUUACAUGAAUGGUCAUGA